UAUAUGUAGCUUGUAGAUAUAUUCUCAAGAGGAACGAUGGUUAAAGUUUUAGGACUAAAACCCCUAUUCAAACCACAGCUCGUUAUGAAGCCAUAGCUUUUUAAGAGUGAAAAGGCUCAAAAUGGGAUUGCAGUACUCCUUUGCGAUGCUUAGACUAUUUUGCAGGCUAUCACCUUCUACGCCCAAACUUCUUUCAGUCCCAACUUGUGCAUCAGCAAAGGUGAAAUAUUUUAGGAUAAGGGCAUUCGGAACAGCAGCCGUAGUCGUCGCCGAAAGGAACGGUGUCGACACCUUCUUCGCGGAGGAAGACGUGUCCUGGACGUCUCUCGGUGUAUCUGACCACCUUUCUCGAUCUCUAUCAAGUAUUGGCCUUCAGAGACCCUCUCUGGUUCAGACUGCAUGCAUACCAAAUAUACUUUCGGGAGCUGAUGUGGUGGUUGCUGCCGAGACUGGUAGUGGGAAAACCCAUGGCUACUUGGUUCCAUUGAUUGAUAAGUUAUCUCGAAGUGGCAGUAUAUCAGGAGGGGAAGGUCUUGGUGAUCGGGAAGCCACCAAGUCCCAUCAACUUUCUCUUGUUUUAUGUCCAAAUGUCAUGCUGUGUGAGCAAGUGGUUCGCAUGGCUAAUUGUAUUUGUGACAACUGUGGUGAACCAUUGCUCAAAGUUGCUGCUGUUUGUGGCCGACAGACUUGGCCAGUGAAAAAACCAGAUGUGAUGGUGUCAACUCCAGCUGCACUUUUAAAUUAUAUUUACACAAUUGACUCAGAGAAUUGCCACCAUACUGCUUUUAUACGUAGUGUGACACAUGUGGUUUUUGAUGAGGCAGACAUGCUUCUUUGUGGGAGUUUCCAAAACCAAGUCAUUCGACUCAUAAAUAUGCUCCGUUUUGAUGAGAAACAAGCAUCCUGCUUAAAAAAUCCUGAAAGUGAGAUAUUGAUGGGCCCGGGCCCCAAUUCUCCUCCUGUUUAUGACCAUGAAGAGGACAAUGGGGAGCCACAAGAUAAUUGCAGCAACAAAGAAGAUGAUUCGGAAGAUCAUUCUAGUGUAACAGAGUCAGAAAUUGAUUGCAAGGUUGGGAAGAGAACAGAUUGGAGAAGAGUGAGAAAAACAUAUGUGAGAAGUAAGCAGUACAUUUUUGUAGCUGCCACACUUCCUGAGAAUGGGAAAAAAACUGCUGGAGGAGUGUUAAAACGGAUGUUUCCUGAUGCAUGCUGGGUCAGUGGAAACUACCUCCAUUGCCACAACCCAAGGUUAGAGCAGAGGUGGAUUGAAGUUACAACGGACACUCAGGCUGAUACUUUGAUAAAUGCUGUAAAAGAUGGAAUCCACUCCUCUGGAGCACUUAGAACAAUGGUGUUCGCGAACACGGUUGAUGCCGUGGAAGCUGUUGCCAAGAUCUUGACCCAGGCAGGGAUCAAAUGUUUCUGCUACCACAGUAAUUGCUCUCUGGAGCAACGUACAGAAAGCUUAAUUAGUUUUCAGCAGAGCGGCGGCGUUUUCGUGUGCACUGAUGCCGCUGCACGCGGUCUUGAUGUCCCAGAUGUUUCACAUGUUAUUCAGGCAGAAUUUGCUACAUCUGCUGUAGAUUUUUUGCAUAGGGUUGGCCGUACUGCCAGAGCAGGUCAUUCUGGGCUGGUGACCAGCCUGUUUACUAAAUCAAACAGGGAUCUCGUCUCCACCGUUCGUCGGGCCGAAAACCUUGGGGAACCAGUGGAGAAGGCCUUCAGUCGAAAGCGGGGAUUCCGAAAUAAGAUUAAGAAGAGAGGAUCUAUAAACAUGGAUGGUGUAGCAGUCAUGGAAGAACAUGUUCUCGCGUGAUGAAGCUCUGCCUACUUCCAUUAGCCCGAUAUAUUGAUGCAUAUUUAGUUGAAGACUCCUUGAUCAAUAGUGGGCUGUGAAGAUGAAGAGGAGG